GCGUGAUGGGUGCAUGGAUGAACUUGCCGAUGGAAGUUGUCAGGUGUUGUUGCACCAGGAGGGCCCACAUGGAUCAAUGAGGCAUUUAAAGCGUAGAAUCUCACCCUGAACCCAGACUAUUCAGAUAAAGAACUGGUGACACGUGGCUGUACAUUCAGCACAGCUGUGGUGUCCCCAAGUGCCAUGACCCAGGAGUCAUUCAGAGACGAGCUGGCCUAUGACCGGAUGCCCACACUGGAGCGGGGCCGGCAAGACCCCGCCAGCUACGCCCCGGACACGAAGCCAAGUGACCUGCAGCUGUCGAAGAGACUGCCCCCCUGCUUCAGCCCCAAGACGUGGGUCUUCUCCGUGCUGAUGGGGAGCUGCCUCCUGGUGACCUCAGGGUUUUCGCUGUACCUGGGGAAUGUGUUCCCUGCCGAGAUGGAUUACUUGCGCUGUGCUGCAGGCUCUAUCAACUUCAACCUUAUCCUGCUGCUCCUGCUGGAGCUGCUCAUGGCAGCCACGGUGAUCAUGUCUGCACGGUCCAGCGAGGAGUACUGCAAGAAAAAGAAGGGCUCCAUGUCUGACAGCACCAACAUUCUGGGCGAAGUGCCAUUUCCUGCUCGGAUCCUGAAAUCUUAUUCAGUCGUCGAGGUAAUCGCAGGCAUCUCUGCCGUCCUCGGGGGGAUCAUUGCCCUGAACGUGGAUGACUCAGUCUCAGGCCCACACCUCUCAGUGACGUUCUUUUGGAUCCUAGUGGCCUGCUUUCCAAGUGCCAUUGCCAGUCAUGUGACAGCAGAGUGUCCCAGCAAGUGUCUGGUGGAGGUGCUGAUAGCCAUAAGCAGCCUCACAUCUCCGCUGCUGUUCACAGCCUCUGGAUAUCUGUCAUUCAGCGUCAUGAGAAUCGUGGAGAUGUUUAAAGAUUACCCGCCAGCCAUAGAACCAUCCUACGACGUGCUCCUGCUGCUGCUGCUGCUGGUGCUCCUGCUGCAGGCCGGCCUCAACACAGGCACCGCCAUCCAGUGUGUGCGCUUCAAGGUCAGCGCAAGGCUGCAGGGCGUGUCCUGGGACACCCAGAGCGGCCCGCCGGAGCGCCUGGCUGGGGAGGUGGCCAGGAGCCCGCUGAAGGAGUUUGACAAGGAGAAAGCCUGGAGAGCCGUCGUGGUGCAGAUGGCCCAGUGACCCCCGGAUGCAGAAACUGGGUGGCAGUGCCCAGCCUGGCCCCAAGCACGGAAACGCACAACCCUAAUCGCCCUGAGCUACUGCUUCUAACACCUCUUUUCCCUUGUGUGAGGGCAGACCAGGCUGCAGUGGGGUUUUCACUUCCUAGGGUAGUUUAAUUUUAAAAUAGGCCAAUGUUGGCUAGUCUGUGUCCCAGCCAGAUCAGUCAGUGCCAAGGGCUCCCGUGUCCUAACAGCAGGAGCAUGGCCACAGCUUCCCAGGCCUAGGAAGGGCCCCCUGGCUCUGCCUCUGAGAGCCCCACCACUGAGCAGGCCCCAGCUCCACGUCCUGCCUCUCUCAUGGCCUGGGCUGGAGUGGGCUCUCUGGACCUGACCGGGGGUCAGACUGUGGGUCCCCGUGUCUCCUGCCCACUCUGACCCGGCUUCUUCCCUCUACUCUUCGGGUCUAUCCUGGGUGCUCAGUCAGCCCAGUGGGAUCUUACCUACUUCCCUGCAAGGUGCACCUGCCCCAGGCUCAGCCUGCCCAGCGGCUCUUCCUGGACAGUGAGAACAAGACUGGGCACCUCUGUCCUGGCCCGGGAGCCAUGGGGGCCCCUCCUGAAGAGCCCAGGUGCAAGUGACACGGGCUGCCACUGCUCUCCCAGGUGAAAUCCACACCGGUCCACACUGGGUCGCCUGCCCUGUCUUCCUACGUGGACCCAGUCAUUCUAGAGGAAUCCGCCACCACAGUGGCUGGCCCACAUCCCGGGCACUGCCCACAUCCUGGGCACUGUCAUGCCCAGCUUGGAGUGCCAUGUGGCCACUGCUGUGACAGGCAGUGUUCUUGGGGGUGGGACCGCAUGUAAGGCUUUGUAAACGGGCUGGACCACGUCUUCCUGGCCCUGGUGACUCCCUGGCCCCAGUGACCGGGGGAAGCUGAGCCCCUCCCUUCUGUGUUUGCUCCCAUUACUCAAAAUGCAGGACAGAUCAGGUCAGAGCCCAGGAAUCCUCACAGGUUCACCCAGCCCCCUCUACCUCCUAGCAAGUACUUUGUCUUGAUCCUCACUGAGAAGGCCCCAGGGCCAGCGGUCUUCUCCAUCUCUGCUGUUUUGGGGUCUUAGGGUACAGCCCAGGCGGUCACUGCCCACCUGCCAGACUGCAGGGACAGCUGGGUGUGAGAAUAACACUGGCUUUGGAUAGCGCCAUGGCCACAAGUGGGUUCCCUGCAUCUCCUCUUCCCUGAGGGCGCCUGGAUCCUCCCAGCUGACACAGCAGUAAAUCUGCAGUGAGUUGGGGUGACUGUGAAACUAGGAAUAUUGUUAUUUUGGUCAUUACUUUCCAGCAGGUGUUUUUCUUCACAGUGGUUUUGUUUCUUUCCUUCUGGUCUGAGAACACAUGACCUUUCCCUUUACUGCCUUCGCGUGUAUUGACUGGUCCCCCAUGGGCUGCUGGAAAGGCCCAGAGAUGCAUUCUGUGGCCUGGGGCCAUCGGGAUCAAAGAACCAGGAGGCCUGGGAGAUGCAGUUGGAUGGCGCUACCUGCUAGGUUUGAGGACCCUCCCAGGUUUCCCACUGCUGAGCAGGAGUAACUCUGGCUGCCAAGAUACCUUCAUGGUGUUCACAACAAGUGGGAUCAUUAUUUUCAACCAUUCGAGGGGAAUGCAGGCAAGACGUCUCCCCAGCUGCUCUGAGAGGGGACAAGCCAGUCCCUCUCUGCAGCCCUCAGCAGCUCCUGAAGGACAGAGACAGGGGCCGGGCAAACGCUUUGGCCAAGGUCCCAAACAAGCGCCACUGUGGGAGAGGAGAGGCCACUCCUACUGGCACCGGAUACAGACCCCGCCCCGUCUGCAGGACACUCCCACCUCCCUGCAGCUUGGAGGCCGGUGGGGUCUGCUCCUGGGAAUGGGGUGGGAGCCACAGGGACAGUACUGAUGUCGUCUUGGGGGUAGACCAGAGAGCUCAAGUUUCAGAGCCAGAAUUAGGCACUUGGAGCGUUUU